AUGGAACUUGUCAGCAACAGUCAGAGCGUCUCACAACAUCCCCAAAAGGGAGAUGACGGUCCCAAGACUCUUGAGGUUACUGAUGCCCAAAGUGUCGAAGCCGGCCAUCUGACCGAGACGAAAGUCAGCAAACUCUCGGUAUGGGUCACGCUCAGUUUCAUGUCAAUUGCUGUUGCCUCGGACUCCUACAACGCUUCAGUAAUUGGAAGCGUCUCACUCUUGUUUGAUGUCAUAUACCCAGAUGCCAUGACUUCAUCCAUGUACUCUCGACUCUCGAAUUCCUUCCUUAUCGGAAUGAUCCUUGGCAUGAUCCUCUUUGGUUUCAUCGCGGAUCACUAUGGCCGCAAGACUGGAGCUAUUGCCACCACUAUUAUCCUUACAGUUGGGAUGAUACUCAGCACCGCCGCUAGCGGAGCAACACAUACGGGGUUGCUGUGGAUGCUGGUUGUUGGGCGAGGUGUUACUGGAGUGGGCGCUGGAGGAGAAUACCCUGUCACCGGCGCUGGUGCCAUGGAAGCCACAGAUGAGGCCAGCGGAUUCCGCAAGCGACGAGGUUUCAUCUUUGCAAUUAUGAGUGAAGUCGCUGCCUCCCUCGGUUAUUGCUUUGGUGGUUUGGUUCCAAUGAUCUUACUACUCUGCGUCCGCGAGAAGCAGGAAAAGUACGAACUAGUCUGGAGGCUAUCCUUUGCUGCCGGUAUGCUGCCUCCUCUGAGCAUCUUCUACUUUCGCCUCAAGAUGGCCGUUUCCACGGCCUAUCGCAAAUCAGCUCUUCAGAGGCAGAAACAGCCUUACCUGCUGAUUGUAAAAAAGUACUGGCGAAGACUUUUGGCAGGUGGUUGGACAUGGUUUAUCUACAAUUGGAUCUCCAUUCCAUUUGGAGUUUUCAGUUCAACUAUUGUGUCUAGAGUCGAUCCGGGGAAUUCUCUGGUUACCUCUUUAGGUUGGGGAGUUCUGAUCAACUCAUUCUAUCUCCCUGGUCCAUUCCUCGGUGGGUGGCUAGCAGAUAAAAUCGGCAGAAAGCAGACCAUGACACUGGGCUUCCUUCUUCAGGCUGUUCUCGGUUUUAUCCUGGGAGGGGCAUAUCAAUCGAUAAUAAAGAUCUUCCCUUUGUUCAUCGUUAUGUACGGCAUCUUCUUGACGCUUGGAGAAGUCGGCCCUGGAAGUACCAUUGCUCUUGUUUCUGCCGAACCAUUUCCAACAUCGAUUCGUGGUCAAGCCAACGGGAUCAUUUCGGCAUGGGCCAAAGUUGGAGCAACACUGGGUACUCAAGUAUUUACAGCGGUCCUUAAUCGUUACACUGAUGACGUUGAUAAAGGUAAUCGGGUUGUCUUUCUCAUUGGCUCUGGUUUCGCGGUUGUCGGCGCAGCCGCAGCAUGGUUUAUGCUGGAAGAGACAAGUCGCAAUCUGGAUGACGAGGAUGAGAUAUGGAAGACAUAUCUUAGAGAUAACAAUUGGAGUGGAGAUUGGGGCGAUAAUGAGACUGUGGAGUCUGCUAGAGUGUUAAAGUAA